AUUCCAAAGCCAUAGUUUCAACUCUGUCUGGUUCACUACUCACUUUACUGAAACACAUUCUCGUUGUUCCUAAAGAUAAAGACUCAAUCUUUACACUAACGUAAACUAGGCGUCUUCGUUUUAGCUUCAUGGUCAAUGCAAAGUCUAAAGAGUGACUCAAAGACCAAUGACAACUGCUCUUCUUAACGGAAUGACAUCCACAAUACAGUUGAUUCGAUGUAGAAGUGGUGGAGAGAGGACUUAACAAGACAUCUCCCCCAUGACUUUAACCUGGUCGGGAGACACAGUGAACAAGAGCAAUCUACAACACAUGAGCAGAGAGAACAAGCUCUUUUAGCAUAACUCAGACGAAGAAUAACGAACAAAAGCUGAGAAAUUGAUUCCCAAUUCAGCAUAAAGUUGAGAACUUUGGCGGAAAGGAUUCACUAAACCUUAAGUGGAGCUUGUUCUGAGGCUGUGGAAUGUGCAGGCAACGAGGGAGGGGAGAUACAGAACAGAAAGGUUCAUGCUUUGUGAAUAGACAAAACGACGUCGUGAGAACCCCCCUCAAAACGAUGACGUUUUAGAGUAUGGAAUCACCCAAAAGCAGAACAAAGAGAGAAAAGGGGAGAUUUUGAACAUUGGGUAGAAUCAGAGAGAACGGUUUCUCUAAAUCAACAAUGGAUGAGGAAAGAGAAGGAGAGGUAGAGAAGAAGGAAGAAGGAGAAGUGAAGGAAGGAGUAGCUUCAAUAGCUUUAUUGCCAUGUGGUUCCAUCUCUGGCCAUUUCAUUCACAUGCCUCUCUCCAUCUGCUAUGGCCUCCAUGGCACUGAAUUGGCUUGUGAGACUGAGUGCAGCCGUGGUGAGGAUUAUCGGUUGAUGAAGCUCACCAUCAUAGACUACAAUAGAAAGAAGGAACAAACAGUUGUAGUAGAAUGCAAAGGCCACGAUGCUGCUCGAAUCAAUGAUGUUGAGCAUGCUCAUGGUUGGGAGGAAGAUGUGAUUGGGUUAGUGGAAGAAAAGCAUGGGAAGAAGAAAGUAUCUGUUUCGUUCGAGUGUGAGACAUUGAAGGCUGAUCAAGCAGCAGAGGACCAUAUCCGACAGUUUAUGCCCAAACUAGCUGGACUUGAUGCUGUUAUUAACAUUGGACCAAUGAAGAUCACUGGACUUGAUUUUGCUGCUGUGAAAGAGGAACCAUAAUGCAACUUUAACUCUUUCCUUUAUGUUUCAUAUUGUAGAACACAAUCAGAUUUUGUUAGUGCAAUGCAAUCAAGGAUCUAACUUUAUGAAAAAUAACUUACUACAUGCUCUUUCAACGCU